CUCGUCUUCGUCUCCGUAUCAAAAGAAGCGAACAAAUAUCCAACAGCUCGCUCGCUCGCCCGUCUCUCUCCUCUGCUUUGCCCCCUUUUCUAGUUUCUCCUCCUCUGCUUUUGCUUCGAGCUCAAACACUGCUCUGCUUCUGGUGCUCUGCUGCACCCAACCUUCACCAGCAAAUUCAAACCGAUCUAGGGUUUGGUUUGGUUUCCUUCCAUUCCAAUCUUCCUGCACCGGACGGCAUCCGGUAAAGCCAAUCCAAUCCAUUUUAACCCGGCUCCGUCCACCGCUUCCUUUUUUCCAUUCAUCGCAAUUCUUCUUCUUCUUCUUCUUCUUCUUCUUCUUCUUCUUCUUCAUCUUCUUCCUGGGGUUCAGUUCGGUGCAGCUUUGCUUGGUUGGUUCCUCUCCCGGAUGUGAUGAGCAGGUAAAGAGCUGGUUGUAGCAGGACUCUGACCGGCGCGGAUGGCGUCGUCCUCCGGGAGGCGGAUGGGCCCCGGCGGGGAGGGCCCCCCCUCAUCCGCCUCGCCGGCCUCGGGAGGCCCCGCCGGCAGGAGGAUCCUCCGCACGCAGACCGCCGGCAACCUCGGCGAGUCCAGCUUCGACAGCGAGGUGGUGCCCUCCUCGCUCGUCGAGAUCGCGCCCAUCCUCCGUGUCGCCAACGAGGUCGAGGCCAGCAACCCGCGCGUAGCAUACCUAUGUCGCUUCUACGCUUUCGAGAAGGCCCAUCGCCUCGACCCAACAUCCAGCGGCCGAGGUGUUCGUCAGUUCAAAACCGCACUCCUGCAGAGGCUAGAAAGGGAAAACGACCCCACAUUGAAGGGAAGGGUUAAGCAGAGUGAUGCUCGAGAAAUGCAGAGUUUCUAUCAGCACUACUACAAGAAGUACAUCCAAGCACUUCAGAAUGCCGCUGAUAAAGCUGACCGUGCUCAACUCACAAAGGCAUAUCAAACCGCAGCUGUCUUGUUUGAGGUUUUAAAAGCCGUUAACGUUUCACAAAAAAUUGAAGUUGAUCAAGCGAUUUUGGAAACACACAACCAAGUGGAGGAAAAGAAAAAGUUGUAUCUUCCUUACAAUAUCCUCCCGCUUGACCCUGAUAGUGCUAAUCAGGCUAUUAUGCAAUAUCCUGAGAUCCAAGCUGCUUUUCACGCUCUUCGUAAUACAAGGGGUUUGCCAUGGCCCAAGGAACAUGAAAAGAAAUCUGACGCGGAUCUUCUUGAUUGGCUUCAGGCUAUGUUUGGUUUUCAGACAGAUAGUGUAUCCAACCAAAGAGAACAUCUCAUACUAUUGCUUGCCAACAUGCAUAUAAGGCAGAUUUCCAAACCUGAUCAACAAUCAAAGUUAGAUGAUGGUGCGCUGGAUAAAGUAAUGAAGAAACUAUUUAAAAACUACAAGAGAUGGUGCAAGUACCUUGGCCGCAAAAGCAGCUUACGGCUACCGACUAUUCAACAGGAAGUACAGCAGCGUAAGCUUCUCUAUAUGGGCCUUUAUCUGCUCAUAUGGGGUGAGGCGGCCAACUUGAGAUUUAUGCCAGAGUGUCUUUGCUACAUCUAUCAUCAUAUGGCUUUUGAAUUGUAUGGUAUGUUGGCUGGAAAUGUGAGCCCAACAACCGGUGAAAAUGUUAAACCAGCAUAUGGUGGCGCUGUAGAAGCCUUCUUGAAGAAAGUUGUGACUCCAAUAUACAAAAUAAUAGAGAUGGAAGCUGAAAGGAGCAAGACCAUAAAAUCAAAACACUCGCAUUGGAGAAAUUAUGAUGAUCUAAAUGAGUACUUUUGGUCAAGAGAUUGUUUCCGAUUAGGGUGGCCUAUGAGAGCCGAUGCUGAUUUUUUCAAGACUCCAAACUUUUCUCUUGCUCCUCGUGAUCAGAUGAAUGAAGAGAACAGACCAGCUGGUAGUGACCACUGGAUGGGAAAAGUCAACUUUGUCGAGAUACGGUCAUUUUGGCACAUCUUCCGUAGCUUCGACAGGAUGUGGAGUUUCUUAAUUAUAUCUUUACAGGCCAUGGUUAUAAUUGCUUGGAAUGGUGGCACACCAAGUGAUAUCUUUGAUGCAGGAGUAUUGAAACAAGUUUUGAGCAUAUUUAUAACUGCUGCAGUACUGAAACUGGGUCAAGCAAUUCUGGACAUUGUCUUGAGCUGGAAAGCAAGAAAAGGCAUGCCUCUUGUUGUUAAACUGCGGUACAUCUUAAAAUUACUAUCAGCUGCUGCAUGGGUGGUAGUUUUACCAGUAACUUACGCAUACACCUUGGAGAAUCCUACCGGUCUUGCUAGAACAAUCAAAAGUUGGCUCGGUGAUGGCCGGAAGCAGCCAUCAUUAUACAUCUUGGCUGUUGCGGUAUAUUUGGCACCAAAUAUGCUGGCGGCCACGAUGUUUCUUUUUCCUGUCCUGAGGAGAGCUCUGGAGAGGUCAAACCUUAAAGUCAUAACAUUUAUGAUGUGGUGGUCGCAGCCUCGCUUAUUUGUUGGUAGAGGAAUGCAUGAAGGCGCAUUCUCCCUUUUCAAGUAUACGAUGUUCUGGGUCCUUCUUUUGGCCACAAAACUGAUAGUGAGCUUCUAUGUGGAGAUCAAGCCACUUGUGCAACCAACAAAAGAUAUAAUGAAGCAGCCAAUAACAACAUUUGAGUGGCAUGAGUUUUUUCCACAUGCCAAGAACAACAUCGGUGUUGUUAUUGCACUUUGGGCUCCUAUCAUUCUUGUCUAUUUCAUGGAUACCCAGAUUUGGUAUGCAAUUUUCUCAACGUUAGUUGGUGGUAUAUAUGGGGCAUGUCGUCGUCUUGGUGAGAUACGCACCUUAGGAAUGCUCAGAUCUCGGUUCGAAUCUUUGCCUAAGGCUUUCAACGAUCGCUUGAUUCCCAAUGACUCAAACAAGAGGAGAGGACUUCGCUCUGCUUUCUCCAGUAAAUCUUCUCAGAAACCUGAGGAUGACAAAGAAAAAGAAAAAAUAGCUGCAAAAUUUGCUCAGAUUUGGAAUCUAAUUAUUACUAGCUUCCGUGCUGAGGACUUGAUAGAUAACAGGGAGAAGGACUUGUUACUUGUUCCAUACUGCAAAGAUCGUGAAAUGGAUAUAAUCCAAUGGCCACCAUUCCUGCUUGCUAGCAAGAUCCCAAUAGCGUUGGAUAUGGCAGCAGACAGUGGAGGAAAAGAUCGUGAUCUAAAGAAAAGGAUGAAGUCAGAUCCAUAUUUUACUUAUGCUAUCAAGGAAUGCUAUGCGUCAUUCAAAAACAUCAUAAACACUUUAGUGGUUGGUCGGGAGAGACUUUUCAUAGAAAAGAUUUUUAAAGUGGUGGACGAUCAUAUAGAACAAGACAUUCUAAUAAAGGAGCUGCACAUGAGCAACCUUCCUACACUGAGCAAGAAAUUUAUUGAGUUGCUUGAUAUACUGCAAAAGAAUAACAAAGAAGACCAGGGUCAGGUCAUCAUUUUGUUCCAGGAUAUGCUCGAAGUGGUUACAAGGGAUAUAAUGGAUGACCAACUCAGUGGGCUACUAGAAACGGUACACGGUGGAAAUAGCAGAAGACACGAAGGAAUCACACCACUUGAUCAACAGGAUCAGUUGUUCACUAAAGCUAUUGAGUUUCCUGUAAAGGAAUCACAUGCCUGGACAGAAAAGAUAAAAAGGCUCUACCUGUUGCUCACAGUGAAGGAAUCUGCCAUGGAUGUUCCUACAAACCUGGAUGCUAGAAGGCGGAUAUCUUUCUUUGCCAAUUCUCUUUUUAUGGAGAUGCCACGGGCUCCAAAAGUGCGGCACAUGCUGCCAUUCUCUGUCUUGACUCCUUAUUACAAAGAAGGCGUUCUUUUCUCUUCACAAGCACUAGAGGACCAGAACGAGGAUGGGGUUUCUGUCCUUUUCUACCUGCAAAAAAUCUACCCAGAUGAAUGGAAAAAUUUUCUUGAAAGGGUGGAGUGCAAGACCGAAGAGGAACUCCGUGAGACUGAACAAUCGGGAGAUGAGCUUCGCCUUUGGGCAUCUUAUAGGGGCCAAACUUUGACAAGAACUGUAAGAGGGAUGAUGUACUACAGACAAGCUUUGGUGCUUCAGUCUUUUCUUGAUAUGGCCAGAGAGGAGGAUCUUAUGGAAGGCUUCAGAGCUGCUGACAUACUAUCUGAUGAAUCACCAUUGCUGACUCAAUGCAAAGCUAUAGCUGACAUGAAGUUUACCUACGUUGUAUCAUGCCAGCAAUACGGUAUCCAGAAACGUUCUGGUGAUCAGCGUGCACAGGAUAUUCUGAGACUGAUGACAACUUAUCCAUCACUUCGAGUUGCCUAUAUUGAUGAAGUCGAGGAGACAAGUACAGAGCGAAGCAAGAAGAUAGAGAAGGUUUACUACUCAGCAUUGGUGAAGGCAGCAGUAACCAAGCCUGACGAUCCUGGUCAGAAACUCGAUCAGGACAUAUACAGGAUAAAGCUUCCAGGUAAUGCAAUGUUAGGUGAAGGAAAACCAGAAAAUCAGAACCAUGCGAUAAUUUUUACUCGAGGUGAAGGCCUACAAACUAUUGACAUGAAUCAGGAACAUUAUAUGGAGGAGACCUUGAAAAUGAGAAAUCUACUGCAAGAGUUUACGAAGAAACAUGAUGGUGUGAGGUAUCCAUCUAUACUUGGUGUAAGAGAACACAUAUUCACUGGCAGCGUUUCUUCGCUUGCAUGGUUCAUGUCAAACCAAGAGACGAGUUUUGUGACUAUUGGGCAACGUGUACUUGCCAAUCCUUUAAGAGUUCGAUUUCAUUAUGGACAUCCUGAUAUCUUUGAUCGACUUUUCCACCUCACAAGGGGUGGUGUAAGCAAAGCAUCUAAGAUUAUCAAUCUAAGCGAGGACAUAUUUGCUGGAUUCAAUUCCACAUUGCGUGAAGGAAAUGUUACACAUCAUGAAUACAUGCAAGUUGGCAAGGGAAGAGAUGUUGGGCUCAAUCAAAUUUCACUAUUUGAGGCGAAAAUUGCAUAUGGUAAUGGGGAACAAACACUGAGCCGUGACGUCUACCGACUUGGACACCGUUUUGAUUUUUUCAGAAUGUUGUCCUGCUAUUACACUACUAUUGGCUUUUACUUCAGCACAAUGAUUACGGUAUGGACUGUAUAUGUAUUCCUCUAUGGCCGUUUGUAUCUUGUCCUCAGUGGCCUUGAUAAAGGUCUAACCACUGGAAAACGGUUUAGACACAAUGAUCCUCUCCAGGUUGCUCUUGCUUCACAGUCUUUUGUGCAGCUUGGGUUCUUGAUGGCACUGCCUAUGAUGAUGGAAAUUGGUCUAGAGAGAGGAUUCAGAACUGCAUUGAGUGACUUUAUACUUAUGCAGCUUCAGUUAGCCUCUGUCUUCUUCACAUUCUCUCUUGGGACGAAAACUCACUACUAUGGGAAGACGCUGCUCCAUGGAGGAGCUGAGUAUAGAGCUACCGGACGUGGAUUUGUGGUGUUCCAUGCAAAAUUCGCAGAGAACUACCGGCUGUACUCACGGAGCCAUUUUGUCAAGGGCAUUGAAUUGAUGAUUUUGCUUAUCGUGUAUGAAAUCUUCGGGCAGUCUUAUCGAGGAGCAAUCGCAUACAUAUUCAUCACGUUUUCCAUGUGGUUUAUGGUUGUCACCUGGCUUUUUGCACCUUUCCUCUUUAACCCUUCUGGUUUUGAGUGGCAGAAGAUUGUUGAUGACUGGACUGAUUGGAAUAAGUGGAUCAGCAACCGUGGGGGUAUUGGUGUAUCGACAGAGAAAAGUUGGGAGUCAUGGUGGGAGAAAGAGCACGAACCUCUUAAGUAUUCUGGAAAGCGUGGCACUGUUCUCGAAAUAGUACUCGCGGCGCGCUUCUUUAUCUACCAAUAUGGUCUUGUUUACCAUUUGAACAUAAUACACACGAAGAGCGUGCUGGUUUAUUGCUUGUCAUGGGUUGUUAUCUUUCUAAUUUUGGCCGUAAUGAAGGCUGUAUCAGUUGGGAGACGGAAAUUCAGUGCCGAAUUCCAACUAGUGUUCCGGCUGAUCAAGGGGCUGAUAUUCAUAACAUUCAUCUCCAUCAUCAUAAUCUUGAUUGCGAUCCCCCACAUGACAGUUCAAGACAUAUUUGUCUGCAUACUUGCCUUCAUGCCGACCGGAUGGGGCUUGCUCUUGGUGGCGCAAGCUCUCAAGCCAGCAAUCGUGAAGCUUCAGCUGUGGGGUUCGAUCAGGGCGCUGGCACGAGGCUACGAGAUCAUCAUGGGGCUUCUCUUGUUCACCCCCAUCGCGUUCCUGGCGUGGUUCCCGUUCGUGUCGGAGUUCCAGACGAGGAUGCUCUUCAACCAGGCAUUCAGCAGAGGCCUGCAGAUCUCGAGGAUCCUCGGCGGGCACAAGAAGGACCGGGCGGCGCGCAACAAGGAGUAAUAGAUAGUCAGAUGUCUGCUGGGGUUGUGGUUUAUAUACCAGUAUCAACAACCCUGGUUGUUUUGUACUAUGUUUGUAUAUUGUCUGGGCUGUAGCUGUUGUAGAAAAGGAACGGGAUGGGAUUGAUUGCUGUGUAGAGCAUAUUGCAUUGGCUCGAGUGCUGAUUUGUAGGAAUAGUAAUCUGGAAAAGAUUAGAGAAGGUAGCCUAAUCUGAUGAGUUAAAUGUAUGUAUAACACAUGGAUCCAGUGACUUUGUGUCGAAUAUCCAAUGCCAUGUUGAGUUGAAGGGUGGAGAUGCUCUGUACUAAUCUUUGACAGAAACAUAAGGCUUAUUACAAGGACGAA